AUGACCAACGCAUCAAGUACAAUUGUAUUUUCAUUGUCUGGCUUCAAUGCCAUAGUCAGUUACAGAGUCACACUUUUCUCUCUCACUUUAUUAUGUUAUUGUGUUAUUUUGUCGGUAAAUAUGUCUCUCAUUUUAACCAUAAUCUUGGACCGAAAUUUACAUGAACCCAUGUACAUCUGUGUGUGUACUCUGUGCAUCAAUGAACUUUAUGGGACGUCAGGAUUUUACCCCAAAUUUGUCUCUGAUAUCAUGUCUGAUAUUCAUGUUAUAUCAUAUGCAGGAUGCCUUUUGCAGGUCUUUGUUAUAUACUCCUAUGCAGCAACGGAUUUCUCUAUUCUUGCUUUGAUGGCCUAUGACAGAUAUGUGGCUAUAUGUCGACCACUGGAGUAUCACUCUGUUAUGUCUGUGGAAAAGACUGCUAUGUUUGUUAGUCUGUCUUGGUUUGUUCCUUUCUGCUGUAUGGUUAUGGUUGUAAGUUUGACAUCUACAUUGAAAUUAUGUGGCUCCAACAUACAGAAACUUUACUGUGAGAACUGGUCAAUUGUUAAACUUGCCUGUAGUACGACAAUAGCUAACAACAUUGUUGGAUUGAUUAGUAUUUCCUUCUAUUGUGGGCAUGUCCUCUUCAUCGUGUAUUCAUAUGUGUGGCUGGUGAAAUCAGCUUUAAAGUCUACAGAAGGCAGGAGAAAGUUUAUGCAGACAUGUGUGCCACAUUUAUUAUGUUUGCUUAAUCUCAUCACUGCUUUGCUUUUUGAUACUAUGUACUCGAGGUAUGGAUCAGCAUCUGUGCCACAGAGUUUAAGGAAUUUCAUGGCCAUACAGUUUCUCAUGAUUCCACCUAUUCUCAACCCUGUUAUUUAUGGAUUGAUCCUGACUAAAAUACGAUACAGAAUGACAGCCUUGUUUAUGGCGGCCUGCCAGAGCUUUAAGUUGAUGUGUAAGUUAUAA